UAGGCAUGGAGAGGAGCAAAGCGACUCGUCUGCUCCCGUUUCUAAUGUGAUGACAGCUGAAUGUACCGACACACAGCCGGGACCACCGUGUCACUUUCCCGUGUCAAUAUGACUGCUUGACAUUUACGCCGAAAGAAAGUAUUUUUCUCCGGGAAUAAUGACUCCAGAGCUGCGUGGAGUGUAGCCGCUGAAAGUUGUGUCGAGGGGAAAAGCAGCUCCGCCACCACAUCAGCAGGCUGGAGAAGUUGGAUAUCUUGUCUGACUGGACAUUUACCACAUUUUUCCACAGGACGAUAAGAUACUUUAAAGGUUAUGAGUAAUGGAAGCAGGGUCGGUGGUGCGUGCCGUCUUUGAGUUCCUUCCCAGCGUCUCCGAGGAGCUGCCACUCUUCCCCGGUGAUGUCAUCGAGGUGCUCAGUGUCGUGGAUGAGUUCUGGUUGCUUGGUAACAAAGAUGGCGUCACAGGUCAGUUUCCCACCACCUUUGUGGAAGAGAUCACAAUCCCCAGCAGCAAGCCUGGAGACAGACUUUAUGUUUGCAUCAAUGAUUUCAACUCCGCAGAGCAGGGGAACCUGUCCCUGAUUAGAGGUGAUGUGGUAGUUGGAGAGGCAGGAGGGUCCAUAAACCUCGAUGAGACCUGGCAGCGGGGCUGUAAUGCCUUGGGCGUCCGCGGACUCUUCCCCACAUCAUGUGUGAAGGAGCUGGCCCUCUCAGGUCGCUCCAGGCAGCUGUCUGAACGCUCCGCUCAGGCCCAGGCGUCAGAGCUCCCCCCGUACGCCCUGGGCCAGGCUCGGGCCCUCAUGAGCCUCCAUGCGCAGCUCAACGAGGAGCUGGACUUCCGCGAGGGCGACCUGAUCAUCAUCACCGGCCUGCCGGAGCCGGGUUGGUUCCAGGGGGAGCUGAAUGGCCACAGGGGCAUCUUCCCAGAGGGGUUUGUGGAGCUCCAGGGAUCCAUCCGAUCUCCUCAGGAGCCCGAGGACUGCCAGUAUUUGAACAAUGAUUCUGAACAAUAUAUCUACGAGGAUCAAUAUGAUGCAGAAGUUGUAGAAGGAGAGGUGUUUAUGAGAGAGGAGGAGGAGCAGAAAGAGGAUUUAGUAGAAGAAGAAGAAGAGGAAGAGGAGGAGGAGGAGGAGGAGGAGGAGGAGGGAGGUGUUUAUGUUGUGGCACUGUAUGACUUUCGGGCCAUAGACCAAGGCGAGUUGAACUUUGAUAUGGGGGAUCGCAUACAUCUUUUAGGCACUUUGGAAGACGGUUGGCUGGAGGGGGAGCUGCGAGGGCGACACGGUAUUUUUCCUCAUCGUUUUGUCAAAAUAGAGGGCGACGGGGAGAAACCGCCAGAGGAAACAAAUGUUGUUGAAGCCUCUGAGUCAGAGAAUGAUCCUGAAUGGACCACUUAUGAGGAUCAUACAGUGUGGGACCUGGACUACUUUGAGAGGAAGGAAGAGCAGAGGAGGCAAAAUGAAAACAGGAGCACUGGGGCUCAGACUAACAACAGAGGACAGAGAGACGGGGGCAGCAGGCCUGAAUCUCAGCCACGUAGACCUGUGGCCCCAGCCCAGAGGGGACCCGAGACACCCAAAUCCAUUCCUCCAGCAAGACCCAGACUCCCGUCUCGGCCUGACCUGCCCGCACGUAGCCACAGACAAAGCGGUCCAUCUUCUGGCCCUAAUCGAUCUAGCUAUCCUAACGGUAACUCUAGAUCCUUACAGCCCAAACUAACACAUAGCCUUACCCUCCCUAGCACUCAUACUGGUUGGUCUAAAAACAGCAGAUACUCCCAGAGGCCACCAAAGGACGCUUCCCCCACCAGUAAGAAAAGUGGUAGUCUUGGCCAGGCCUUAUUAACCCUGGCUGAGAACCACCGGCAGAAGAAGCUAACCCGCCACGCUAGCGUCACUGAUGCUGAUAUGAUGAUGGGCGGCGCUGAGGAAAGGCAACGUUCCCGGCAGCGUGGCUCCAAUGGUGUCAUGCCAACAUCCUUGACUUUAGACGCCCUGGUAACCUCAGCUGGGGACCUGGAGGCUAAGCUAACCCAGCAGCUCUUUGAAUUUGAGAAAAGCUUGACCUACAGCGAUAGUAACGAUAGCUCUAGUGCUCCUAAUCACACGUCCUCUGUAGGCGACCUUAGCCCGCAAUCUAUGUCACGCCACUUCUCUAUCAUGGACUUCAGCGAUGAGAGCGAUAUCAUGCGAGGCACCUCACAUUCGCCUGUUUCCCACCUAUUGCAGUCGAUCUCUGCUUCGUCCUCCCUAGAGAGACGUGGGACCCUUCGCCCCCCACCUCCUCGUCCUAAAGUCCUUCGCCCACCACCUCCACCUGGGUACAAACCAGCCCGCCCUGCCCCGCGUGCCCCUCCUCGUUUCCCGAGACAAAACACCACUCCUCCAAAUAUCUUCUACUCCCCUGAUGAAUCCGCUUUGAACCUCCUGGACGAAGUCGCAGGAAGGCAGCCUGAGUUUGGCGAUCUCGCAGCCGCCCAGGAAGAAGAGAUCCAGUGCCAGCUGGAAGCGGAGAAGGAGCUGGAGAGAGAGAUGGAGUUGGAGAGGCAGAGGCAGAAGGAAGAGGAGGAGAGGUACCAGCUGCUGCUCCGGCUGCAGGAGGUGGAGCACGACAUGGAGGCAUAUGCACACACGGCAGAAGAACUCAGGACAAUGCUGGAGGAGGAGGAGGAUGAGACGGCCCGCACGCAAGCCAUGGAGAAUCUGGAGUUCUGCAACUACACCCUGGAGACUCUGGCCCUGGAGCAGCAGCAGCUACAAGAGAUGACACUCCUGUCCUCCCAACCCAAACCUCUGGACUCCGUCGAAACCUUGGACUCCUCCCCCGCCGCAGGCACCGAGGACCCCGAGCUGAGGAUGCUGGAGAAGAGGUCAAAGGUCAUCGAGGAGCUGCUGCAGACGGAGAAGGACUACAUCAAAGACCUGCAGAUGUGUGUCGAGGAGAUCAUCGAGCCACUGCAGAAGAAGCAGGUGAAGAAUGUGGACUUUGAUGGGCUCUUUGGCAACAUCGGCUCUGUGAUCGACCUGUCACAACGCCUGUAUGAAACACUGCAGGACACAGACUCUAUCGUCAUUUGA